GGGCAUCGGUCACAUCUUCACAGUCUAGCAUGGGUGAACAGAAGCUAACUUUGGUGUUGUUUUUGGGUGGAGUGACACAAGCGGAAGUUGCUGCAUUCCGGUUCUUGGCCCAGCAAGAUGAUGGUGGUACAGAUUAUAUUGUGGCAACAACCAGUAUCAUCACAGGCCAGAGAUUGCUGGAUUCAUUGACAGAAAGUAUUCAGCCUGUUAGACUGAACCCUUUCUAA